AUGUCAACGUGCUGUUACUUUAUCAUUUGCUUUCAUCCCAUUAACAAGCACUACAAAAAACCAUCGAUAAACUUCCAAUUCCAACUAUAUUGCCACAUCAGUUCCACCGCCGGAAACCGCCUAAUUUGCCGACCACCGAAUUUCUUCCGAUCAGAUCAGUUUUUUUUGAGGGCUACUUUACUCGAUGGAGAGCAAAAGAAGCAGAAAAUUUCCGAAAUAAAAGCCGGAAUAGAUGAAGCCGAGACUCUGAUACGAAAAAUGGACACAGAGGCAAGAAGCCUACCACCAAAUGUAAAAGCUGUUCUUCUGGCAAAAUUAAGAGAAUACAAAUCGGAUUUGAAUAAUUUGAAAAGUGAAAUUAAACGAAUUGCAUCAUCCAAUUUAAAUCAAGCUGCUCGAGAUGAAUUAUUGGAAUCAGGAAUGGCAGAUGCAACUGCGAUGUCAGCAGACCAAAGAGGAAGGUUAUUAACGUCAACAGAAAGAUUGAAUAAGUCAAGUGACAGAGUUAGGGACAGUAGAAGGACUAUGCUUGAAACUGAAGAACUCGGUGUUUCACUUCUACAAGAUCUUCAUCAACAGCGAGAGUCUCUUUUACGUGCCCAUGGAACCCUUCAUGGAGUUGAUGAGAACAUAAGCAAGAGUAAAAAAAUAAUGACCAAUAUUUCAAGAAGAAUGGGGAAAAACAAGUGGAUAAUUGGGUCUGUGGUUGCUGUUCUUAUCAUUGCCAUCAUCUUGAUUUUGUACUUCAAGUUGAAGUAGAAUCCCAAAAUUCAAGCUUUGUGUUUUCUUGGUUUUGCAAGUGUGUCAUUUAUUGUGGUCUU